AUGGAAGAAAGAGAGGAGAGAGAAAGGUGGAGAGGAAGAAGAAGACCGAGAGAGAGACGUACCAUGAUCCGUGAAGAGGCUGAGACCACAAACGGCGAUGCCGUACUCCACCGCCGAUCACCACCACUAGCGGAGCACCACCGGAGGGUGCAACCAUCAUUGUCGGAGCUCCCGAUCUCCACCGUCAAGUUCAGCAGCGAGGAUCUAAGGCUAGACCAAGCAUUUGCUUGCGGCGCAAGUAAUCCUCGUUGUUCACUCGUUCCAUCAUGCUCAUGCCGUUACGAGAUCACGUCCGUUUCAUAUUCCGUUCACCUUCCGAUCAGCUUUUAG